AUGAGGGCCCCACAGGGUUCUCGCGCUGCGCCUCUGGUGUUAGGCCUCUCGGGGGGCGCCCCUGCGGGGCUGGGGCCUGGGGGCCCCCCUUCGGCGGCCCCUGGGGGGGCUCACGCGGCCCUCGCGGGGGCCCCUCCACCCCUAAAUCGUACCCUAGGAAGACUGGGUACAGGCUUUUGGAUGCAGUUUGCCCUUCAGCGGACUUCGGCCCUUCUAGCUGGAGAGGCAGAGCAGCAAGAGAAGCAGCAGCGGGCCACAGAGAACGAAGCUAGCGUUGCUGCUGCACCUGCUGCUGCUGCUGAAACUGGCUUGGCUGGAACUGGGAGACGAAGCAGCAGCGAGGACUCAGCCGCGCCGUCGCAGCUGCAGAAGCAGCAGCAGCAGGAUCAGCAGCGGGAGCAGCAGCUGCACCAGGAACAGCAGCGGCCCUUCGAGCAGCAGCAGAAGGAGCAGCAAGAGCAGCAAGAGGAGCAGCAUACAAGCAAAAACAAAUCCAAAAGAGGCAAAAGGAAGCGCUCAGACCCUGGGGGGGGCCCCCCUCCCGAGGCCCCCGCAGACAAGCAGCAGAAAACAGGGGGGCCCCCAGCAAGCAAGGCCAGGGCCCCCCAGGGCCUCCAGGUGUCCCCUGGGGGCCCCAGCAGGGGCCCCCAGGUACCCCUCUCUGGCUCUUAUAAGGAACGAAAAAAGUUGGGGGGCAAAAGGGGCAAAAGGGAGACAGAGGAGGCCCCACCUCGAGUGCGAAAGAGCACGCCCAAGCCGGCUGCUGCUGCUGCUGCUGCAGCAGCGGAAAGUGCGGCAGACGCAGCAGGGUAUAGCUCCCCAUCCCCGCACUCAGAGCCGCAGCAACAGCAGCAGCAGCAGCACGAGCCCCGUGCGCCAGCUUCCGGCCGCUCCAGCGAAGGGUCUCAAGGGGCCCCUCAGGGUCCAACGCACAGCCGCAGCAGCAAAAGCAAUCAGGGGCCCCAGGGGCCCCAGGGGGCCCCCCAGGGGCCCCCCUCAGAGGAAGCGACGGCCUCUGAGGCCCGCUCCCCGUCAAGAAGAGGAAAGGGAGAGACACAGCAGCAGCAGCAGCAGCAGAAGCGGCAGCCUAAAGGAGACCAGCAAGUAAGGGGCCCCCAAGCAGAGCUAGAAGGAGACUUUUCGUUUGUUGUGGGACUCAUAGGGGGCCUCGCUGUCCCCGCGUCGGCGACUGCAGCUGCUGCACCGCCCAGCCACAAGUACAAGCAGCAGCAGCAGCAGCAGCAGGAAGAGCAGCAGCAGCAGCCAGAAAAGCGCCGCAAAGCCCAUAAGGCUUCCAGGCGGCGAAGGGUAGACAGCGAGGAAGAGGGCUGUUCAGCUGCAAGUGACCCCCCAAAGCACCGCCCGCAGCACCGCCAGCAGCAGCAGCUGCAGCAGCAGCAGGCGCAGCAGCAGGAGCAGCAGGAACGGCAGCAAGAGGCAGAGAGGGCCCGCAGGAGGCGCCGUGAGCGACGCCGUCACCACCGCUCAGCUCUUGCUGCUGGGGCCCCCAUAGGGGCCCCCCUCUCCCCUGAAGGGGGCCCCUGUGAGUCCCCUAGGGUUUCGGGGGCCCCUUCGGAAGGGGCCCCCCUCUCAGGCCCGGGGCGGGGGCCCCCCGCUGCUGCUGGGGGUCCCCCCCUGACCUCCGUGGGGGUGCAGGCGGGGGCCUCCUCGUGCCCCCUUUUUGCUGCUGUUUGGGCAGCUGACUUAUCUGCUGCUUCUUUUUUGAAGCAAAAAGCAGAUCAGCAGAAGCUGCUGCGGCUUAUAGGGCACUCGGAGGGGCCCCUUCCUGCUGCAGCUGAUGCUGCUGCAGCAGCAGAUGCAGCCUCAGGGGCCCCCCGAGGAAGUGCUGCUCCAGCAGUGAAAGAGGCAGCAACCCACGCGCCGCCGCUGCUGCCCGGCGCUGCAGCAGCAGCAACAGCAGCAGCAGCAGCUGCUGCUGCUGCCUGGGGCAGAGAAGGGGGCGCUGACUCUGAUGGAUCUUCUUCUGAAGGUGAGUCUUUGCUUCUGCAUGACACUGCCCAAGGGGGCCCCCAGGGGGGCCUCUAUGGGGGCCCCGAGGGGGCCCCUGUUAUGCGACCAUGUUAUGUGUCCUUUGGCAGCAGCGUGAGCUGCACUCUCUUCCCCUUGAGACAAGGGCCUUCCCCUGCCCCCGCAGCAGCAGCAGCAGCAGCUGCAGCCGAAGGGGCAGCAGGAUCAGCUGCAGCGAGAGAUUUGCAGGCCACCCAGAGCUUUCCUGAGGGGGCCCCCAGAUGGCCCGAGGGGGCCCCCCGAGGGCCCGAGGGGGCCCCCCAAGGGCCCGGGGGGGCCCCCCGAGGGCCCGACGGGGCCCCCCGAGGGGAUGAGGCAAGACUUGUGAGGGCCCUCAAACGCAUUCACCGCCGGCUUGUCUUUGGGGGCCAAAAUGCUGUGCUGCGCAGCGACAGCAGCAGCGAAGAUGAAGCCAGCAGCAGGGAGGAGUCUCCUCCACUAACGCCU